UCCGGCGGCCGCUCUAGCCGGCGCCGCGUCUAUGCCCGCGGCGCUGGGGGAUGUUUAUUGUCGUGGGGAGUCGGCCCAGGACCCGGACCGCCGCCGGGCGCCAGCGGCGGGGCGCCUAGCAGCAGCCGGCACCCGCUCCGCACCGACCUGACCGCCAACCGCCCUCCCGCACGGAUGUGAUCUUCAUGGUGAGCUGGUGGGAAAACUGAGUUGUAAAUCACCCCAAUGGAUGCGGACAGUGAUGUUGCACUGGACAUUUUAAUCACAAAUGUAGUGUGUGUUUUUAGAACAAGAUGUCAUUUAAACCUGAGGAAGAUCGCAUUAGAGGGAGCAAAUGUGAUAUACAAGCGUGAUGUUGGGAAGGUAUUGAUGAAGCUUAGAAAACCUAGGAUUACGGCCACAAUUUGGUCCUCAGGAAAAGUUAUUUGCACAGGAGCCACAAGUGAAGAAGAAGCUAAAUUUGGUGCCAGACGAUUAGCUCGUAGUCUACAGAAACUAGGUUUUCAGGUAAUUUUCACAGAUUUUAAAGUUGUGAAUGUUUUAGCAGUGUGCAACAUGCCCUUUGAGAUCAGAUUGCCAGAAUUUACGAAGAAUAACAGACCUCAUGCGAGUUAUGAACCAGAACUUCAUCCUGCUGUGUGCUACAGAAUAAAAACUCUCAGAGCUACUUUACAGAUUUUUUCCACAGGCAGUAUCACAGUUACAGGGCCAAAUGUAAAGGCUGUUGCCAGUGCUGUGGAACAGAUUUAUCCAUUCGUGUUUGAAAGCAGGAAAUAAGUUUUAUAACUCACCACUUAAUGGUUAGGUUCCCUAACCAAGCACCUUUAAAGACUGCUGCACAUUGGACUAAAAGCAAAAAGGAAAACUGGACCAACCAUAGCAGAAGAAUACAGACUCUUUUACUUGCUCGUGGCCACAGUAUAAACUCCAGUUCUUUUGGAUUUUACUCUUAACAGUGCUGUAUUGUAAAAACGGAAGUUUACAAGAUAUGAAAUUGCUGCUUUUAAAAAGACAUUCUAUUUAUUUUUGCAGUAAUUUCUGUGUAUUCAUAAGCAAAGCUGUCACGAUGUGCACUACCUUAAAAACUUUUUUUUUUUUAGUUUGAGCUUGUGUUUUAUUUGUGAAUAGUCUUUUACAUUUUUGUAUGCUGAAUAUUGGGCACCAAAGAAGCUGUAAAAGUUACCUUUUUCACCUGAUGAAUGUGCACAAAUAAAGGUUUGGAAAAAUAUUUCUCUUCA